AUGGCUGCUUCGUUGGAUGUUGAGGACCCGAUUAAAGCUCUUUUGGCGGCGAUUCAGGAAGACAAGCAAGACAUUGCGCAGAGUAUUUUGGAACAGAAAAACGGCGACGAUUCGCUGGACAUUACAAAAGUGAAGGAUUUUCAGGGUUCAACGCUCUUGCAUCAUGCGGUGUGGUACGGACGCAUUCAGGCGGUGAAACUUUUGUUGGAUCACAAAAAAGACAAGCAAACGAUCGAUGUGAAUGUGAGAAAUAACGCUGACAUUACGCCACUGGAUAUCGCCAUUAACAAAGAAAACACGAGUCUCGUGAGGUUGCUGCUGAAAAAAGGAGCUAAUCCGAAUGUGAAAGACUUGGAUGGCGGCACUCCGGUUCAUUUGGCUGCCUCCGAGGGCAAACACGAGAUCCUUGAGUUACUUUUGCGUCAUGGGGGCGAUAUGACACUCAAAGACAAUCAGGGAUGGACUCCGCUCCAAUACGCCGUUCACAAUUGCCACAUUCGAAGUGUUCAACUUUUGGUCCAUCGUGGCGCCGAUAUCCAUGUUCGUGACAUAAAUGGCGGAACUUUACUUCAUCUCGCUUCGGAUUGCGUUCCCACGAACGAACGUCAUACCGUCGAAGAUCAGCAGGAAAUGUUGGAAUACUUAAUAAUCGCUGGCUUAGAUAUCAACUCGAAAAAUGAACUACGAUGGACUCCUUUGCAUUACUCAGUCCAUCAUUGCAACUUGGAGAUAUUAAAAUUCCUUCUAGCCAAUAAUGCUGAAGUUAAUACAAAAGCUCAGCAUAACGCGACUCCUCUUCAUACGGCAGCAGCUGAAGGCGAUCUGACAAUCGUCAAAUUCCUCCUUCUCAAAGGCGCCAACAUGAACAGCAAAGACGUUCAAGGAGUCCUUCCGGAGCACGUGGCUGCCCAAUGUGGACAUCUCGCAGUCCAUGAAUUCCUCCUGAGAUUACGUUACAGCGAAACUCCCGAGCAAGUCACCUUUUCCGAACACGAUUUUGUCAGUUUCUUCUUCUGCGUUCACUAUUUGUUCCUUAAUCCGGAAAUGUGCAGUGUUAACUUGAAGGAUUUGCGGGGCAGGACCUUUUUGCAUUAUGCUUGCCAAAAGGGGUAUGGAGCUCUUGCGGUUUUUUUGGUGAAUCAGGGCGCGAAUAUUUAUGCCAAAGAUAAAGAUGGCAAGACACCGGUCGAGUAUGCGGGAGAAAAUGGACAUUAUCAUUUGUUGUACUUUUUGAUCGAACGGGAGGAAAUGCGUGAAGCGGAAGAGGAAAUGGAGCAAGAGAUAUUGCGAGAACGUGAGGAAGAGGAGAAGAAAAGACAUAAGAGACCAAUGUCGAUGAUUGCAUGA